AAUCUGAGCUUGGCUUCACGGUACCCUUGCUGAUGGAAUUCCCAAAGUGUUACUGGAUAUGGAAGUAUCGCUCUUGGCUGCUCCAACAGGCCAUAGAUCGGCUGGAGCCAUCUGUUGCACGGCGCAUCUGGGAGGAGGAGUUGGGCCUAGACACCAAGAUGUUGACCAAAGACCGCCGGAAUUUUCACGCCUGGGGCUACCGUCGAAACGUUGUCGGACAGCUAGAGAGUGAGGUAUUGAACGGCAAAAGCAUGGUGGAAUCGGAAUUCGACUUCACGACCAAAAUGAUUCAUGUCGAUCUAUCAAACUUCUCCGCAUGGCACAACCGGAGCAAGCUGAUCCCCAGGUUACUGGUUGAGCGUGGUACGGAUGAUGCUGCCAGGAGGAAGUUCUUUGACGACGAACUGGCCUUGAUCCGAGAGGCUUUGAACGUGGGGCCUGAUGACCAGUCUCUCUGGUAUUACCACCAAUUCCUCAUGUUGGAUCUGGUCAAGCACGUCGACCAACCCACCAUUACCAUAAGUUUGACCAACAAGGACAGAGUGACAUACAUUACUCGAGAAAUUGAAGACAUCAAGGAUCUAUUGGAGGAUUAUGAUGACUGCAAGUUGAUCUAUGAGAGACUCAUGGACUACACACUGGCAUUGGCUGCUCUGGAGCAGAGGUCACUGCGAGAUGAUGAGCAGUCUGACUUGAAGACUUGGCUCUCCAAGGUUCGAGAAUUAGACCCAAUGAAGAAAGGUCGAUGGGAUGAUCUUGAACGACAAAUGGGACUCGGCAUGUAAUAUACAGGUGACCACAUCUCAAAAGCUUAAUGGGUUAAUCUCGUACUAUCCCAUAGGCCUAAUCCACAUGCAGACCAA